AUGAAGAAAUACAUUGCUAUUGCCUCGGCUUUACUACUUGGAACUGCUAACGGUUUAUAUAGUCCAGAUAAUUUAAACAAUAACCUAUUAACCAACGAACUAAAAAAUCAUAAAAAGUCUGAGAGACAUUCUCUUCUAUAAACUUCUCUAAGCUAAACAGAGGCAAAAAAUGUUUUAAAAGAUUACUUAAAAAUUGACAAGCUAAUUGAUCAUUAUGAAGCAGAGCUUUUAUCAGUUAGUUAGGGCUCAACUAUCACAUAGUUCUAUAUUAAUGGCAAGGAGAUCAAAGAUCCACUUAGCAAUGAACUAAUUAAACUUUACAUGGUUUAAUAAACCAUGCUAUCAGGAGCAGAUAUUAUUACUAUCCUUGAUCUUAUUCAGCAGCUUAAUAUCAAAGAUUACAAAUACCUUGAUAUAAAGGGACUCAAGGAAUUCUUUGCCAAUGAUAUUGCUAGUACUCCCAAAGUUUAAGAAGAUGUGAGAGGGUAUAUAUCACGCUACUCUCCUUCAACAUAUGGAUUAUCAUCUCAGAUAAGAAGUGUCCAAGCCAGUCCAUUGAUUAUUCCUGGAGUACCAUUAGAUUUAUUUAGAGUAUAACAAUCAAGACUAAAUGAUAAGUCUAAAUUAUAAAGAACUUAGAGCUUACAUAUGAAAAGGAACAAUGGAUGGGAGUCAAGCACCAAGAAUAAUUUUGAACCAAAGGUAUAAAUGUCACUAGGAAUGGCGCGAUAAUAAUCCUUUGAUUCACAUUUUCACAUAGAUUUUGAUGAUAUGUCAGUAGCAGCUCCCCUAAAUAUAAUAAUACCAAACGAAUAUCAAAUGAGAGAAAAAAGAAAAUAAUUAGGGGCAAUCUAUAUUCCUAGAGAAGAGUCAUUUCCUUCCUAUGUUCAAAGUCAGCUUAGAAGAUGA